CAACCAUACAAAAACUUCUACCAGGUAGCGUCUGGGAGCAGCAACCAUACAAAAACUUCUACCAGGUAGCGUCUGGGAGCAGCAACCAUAGAAAAAGUCACCCGUGUACUCAGACUUCUUCCGACCCUCUUCUGACGUUUGUUUCACUGGUGUUGUCCACAGCAAGCGUGUCAGUGGUGUUUGUACGAUACGACAGCAUGGCGGACAUCUUGAAGCCCGCCAUCGACCCGGGCGUCACCGACUACUCGCGCUACGCCAAAUCGGGAGAAAUCACCGUCAACUCCCAAGUGGUGGCCGCCGCCAUCAAACCUGCCGACCAGCUAGACCACGUCACCUUCACGCUGAGACACGUCCAGCCCAUCGACACCGACGCUGACGUGACCAAGUGCGUCUUCUGGGACUACGAGACUGAGAGUCUGCGGGGUCGCUGGGCGACACGCGGCUGCAGGACGGUGCACGUCAGCAGCAACGCCACCACCUGCACCUGCAGCCACCUCACACACUUUGCUGUCCUCAUGUCGUCCGGGCGAGCCAACUUGGCGGCCCACCAGACAGUCCUGACCCGCAUCAGCCAGCUGGGGAUGAUCAUCUCCAUCAUCUGCCUGUCAAUGUGCAUCUUCACCUUCUGGUUCUUCAGCGGGAUCCAGAGCACCAGAACCACCAUUCACAAGAACCUGUGCUGCAGUCUUUUCAUGGCCGAGUUCAUCUUCUUGGUGGGGAUCAACAUGAACACACACAAGCUCUUCUGCUCCGUUAUUGCGGGUCUCCUGCACUAUUUCUUCUUGGCAGCCUUUGCCUGGAUGUGCAUCGAGGGCAUCCAUCUCUACUUAAUCGUGGUGGGCGUCAUCUACAACAAGGGCUUCUUGCACCGUAACUUCUACGUCUUCGGCUACGGAAGCCCGGCCGUGGUGGUCGCCAUCUCCGCCACGCUGGGCUCCAAGUAUUACGGCACUGAUAAAAUGUGUUGGCUGAGCACGGAAAAUCAUUUUAUUUGGAGUUUCAUCGGUCCCGCCUGUUUGAUCAUCCUGGUAAAUCUCCUGGCCUUUGCAGUGAUCAUCUACAAGGUGUAUCGACACACGCAGGUGAAAAAGCCUGAAAUCAGCCACUAUGAGAACAUCAGGUCGUGCGCCCGCGGUGCCAUGGCGCUGCUCUUCGUGUUGGGUGCCACCUGGGCCUUUGGAGUGUUGCACAUCCUGUAUGAGAAGACGCUGACUGCGUACCUGUUCACCAUCGCCAACGCCUUCCAGGGCAUGUUCAUCUUCAUCUUCCUCUGCGUGCUCUCCAGGAAGAUUCAAGAGGAGUAUUACAGGCUGUUCAAAAACAUCCCGUGUUGUUUUGAAUGUCUCAGAUGAAACAACCCUCACGUCCUUCACACUUUUUAUACAAUCAUCUUCUUGUCAUCAAAUUCCUCCUCAAGAGUGACAUGUACUGGAUUUAGUCACGUGUUUCAGUGUUAAAUUAAAAAUAAACAAACAAACGUCCUUUUUCUUGGAGAGGAAGAAAGAGCAAUGUCUCCAUCUAGUGGUCAUCAUCCAGUAGACACUGUACAGUAAAAAAACGAAAACUAUUUACAUGUAUAAUAGUGUUGUUUUCCUUCAAUUCGACUGAUUAUUUCUAAAAUAAUUGUGUUGUAUAAUUAUAAUUUUAGAUGUACUGUAUUUUAGCUUCAAUAAUUAUUAAUGAUGGACUUUGUUGCUAUUUGCACAAUGUCGUUUAUGUUCUGUCGCUAAAUGGCAGCACUGUACAGUCUGACAGCAUCUUCAUUUAUUUACUGUUGCACAAACAAAUACAACCAAAAA